AAUUGUGUUACCGCCACUAUGACGUCUGUCACCACUUAAGCUAAAAAUAGCACAAGACGGCGUAAAUGAAUUCCCGGAUUAAAGUUUCUUAGUCUGGAGUUAGUCGAAGUUGAUUGGUCGUCAGGGAUCUCUUGAACACACCAAUACGACUUGUGUACGACACGGACAUACACGGGUACACAGUUGUCUCUUACACAGUCAGUCUGCUACACACAGUCAGUCUGCUACACACGGUCUCUACCACACACAGUCUACUAGACAGAGUUUGUCUACUACACGGAGUUAGUCUACUAGACGGAAUUUAAUCUACUAGACAGAGUUUGUCUGCUAUAGACUGUCAGAAGGCAAUGUGCAAUUAGAUGACCGGUGCUGCUACUCAGAGAUCAACAUCCUUUUAUUAGACACCAGUGGCUAGACAGAGCUACCUUCAACGGUCAGAAUUAUAUCAACACAGACCCGUCACAAUAUCAACACAUGAUGUCACAGAACGAAACACCGCUGCCCAGGUGUAAAAAAUGUUUAGUGGUCGGUGACAGCGGUGUAGGCAAGUCUCCCUUACUCCACACUUACUUCACUGGCAUGUUCCCCACAGAAACUGCACCGUUCCAGUUCCAGAAAACGCCAUAUGAGGUGAAGUUUCUAGAAAAACACAUUUGUCUCGACCUAUGGGAUUCAUCAGGGUGUGACGACUACGACCGUCUGAGAUUUCUGGAAUAUGAGGGGGUGGAUGUUGUUAUAAUCUGCUUCGCUAUAAAUAACAGAGACAGUGCCGACAACGUCAGGUCUAAGUGGUUUCCUGAGGUCCGCUCACACGCUAGACACGCCCACGUCAUACUGGUCGGCACCAAACUAGACCUUAGGCUGCAGGCUGACGUCAUCAGUCUUGGACAGUUUGUAUCGAAGAAAGAAGGGAAAUCACUCGCUAAAACAAUUCGAGCUUUGAAAUAUUUCGAGUGCUCUGCCUUACACAACCUUGGUUUGAGGGAGGUGAUCGAAUACCUAGCCAAGGCGAGUUUACGACGGAGAAAAAAACAAAUGAAAUACCCGACACACUGUGCUGUUUUGUAGUCGAGUCUUAUAGCAUUGUGCACUAUAUACUCAAAGUUUGUAGCAAACGGAGACUUAAGACAAGUAGUUUCAUCAUAGCAAGCAGAACUAUGAAUGUACUCUAAGUCUAACCUGAAAAAAAUCCCCACAAAGACUAAUUCCUUACACCACAAACCACACUGACAUAAACAACCACAUUAGCAUAAAAAACACUGUCACACCAACAACCACAUUAGCAUUAAAAAAAUACAACACUGUCACACCAACAACCACAUUAGCAUUAAAAAAAUACAACACUGUCACACCAACAACCACAUUAGCAUUAAAAAAAUACAACACUGUCACACCAACAACCACAUUAGCAUUAAAAAAAUACAACACUGUCAUACCAACAACCACAUUAGCAUUAAAAAAAUACAACACUGUCAUACCAACAACCACAGUUGUACCAACAACAACAUUCACAUUAGCAACGAGUCAUACAACCACAGCAACAACCACAGUCACAACAAAAGUCAAAGUCACAAACGAAAGUAAAAGCAAAUCAAGUCAGAAAUGAACAUACUCGAGAUAUGUUAAUAUUUUUGUUUUAUUUUACGCUAUAUGUUCCCCAUACAGGUAGCAAACAAUUAUGUCUCAUAUACCUUGUACAAAGAAAGUAUUGUAAUUAUGCAUAAGUCUAUCAACGUUUAAUAAAAUCUAGGUGUGUGUGUAUGUGAGGGAGAGAGAUAGAAUAUCGGAAUGUUUGUGUAUUUGUUCGUUUUUUUAUAAAAUAAUUUGUAAAACACUCUAGUCCAAUAAAACAAUGUCACAUGUGUAAUACAAGACACUACUCCAGUGCAUGACACAUUGAGAGUAGACUAUAAUAUUAUAAACAGAUGCUGUUGUUUUAUUGUAUAUAUAAUCAGCCAACUUUUGCUGUUGUUUACUCAUGCUUCAGAAAUAAAA